AUGAGUCCUUUAACAAUAAUGGCCAUCCUCCUGGUUCUCCUCACAUACCUUUGGUCACUCAUCCCUGUCUCCUCAAAAUCAAACCACAUUAAACUACCACCCGGCCCUCGGUCACUGCCAAUAAUUGGAAACCUCCAUAUGCUAGGCAACCUCCCCCAUCGAAGCCUCCAACAAUUGGCCAAAAAAUAUGGACACAUCAUGUUCAUUCGUCUGGGCAAUGUUCCUACCAUAGUAGUCUCCUCCCCAAAAGCCGCAGAGCUAUUCCUCAAAACUCAUGACAAUAAUUUUGUCAGCCGACCCAAAUCCCAAUCCUCGGAGUACCUGUCCUACGGCACAAAGGGCAUGAUAUUUUCCCAAUACGGUCCUUAUUGGAGCCAUAUGAGGAAGCUCAGCACGCUUCAUUUCCUCUGUCAAGCAAAAAUGAAGGCUUUCGAGCCGCUGCGAAAGGAGGAACUUGGAGUGCUGGUUAGAAAGUUGAAGAGAACUACAGAGGAAGGUGGAGGAUUAACUAAGCGCUUAAAGAAAGUUAGCAAGAUGAUCGAUCAACUCCUGGAGAAAAUAUUAGACGAGCAUGAACAAGUUGCCAACACUAAGAAUGGGAAACAAGGCCAGCAUGAGGACUUUGUAGACAUGUUGCUUUCGUUAACGAACCAACCGCUAAACCAGAAUGAUGAGCAAGUACACUUUCUUGAUCGAACAAACGUGAAAGCCAUCUUACUAGACAUGAUCGUGGCGGCUUUUGAUACUUCGGCCACAUCGAUUGUUUGGAGCCUUGCUGAGCUCUUGAGGCAUCCGAGGAUCAUGAAGAAUCUCCAAGAAGAGCUCCAAAAUGUGGUGGGUAUGGACCGAAUGGUAGAAGAAUCAGAUUUGCCCAAGCUGGAUUACUUGAGUAUGGUGGUGAAGGAGAGCUUCAGACUACACCCAGUUGCACCGCUACUGGUCCCACGUGAAUCUAUUGAGGACAUUACAAUCGAUGGAUAUGACAUACCUAAAAAGUCUCGGAUCAUAGUAAACAUCUGGAGCAUUGGAAGAGAUCCUAACGUUUGGUCGGAAAAUGUGGAGGAAUUUUAUCCUGAAAGGUUCAUGAACAACAAUAUAGACCUCCAGGGACAUGACUUUCAGCUCAUCCCAUUUGGGUCUGGACGAAGAGGUUGUCCUGGUAUGCAAUUAGGGCUAACCACAGUUCGGCUAGUUUUGGCACAGCUGGUCCACUGCUUUAACUGGGAGCUCCCAACUGGCAUGCAACCUCAAGACUUGGACAUGGCUGAGAAUUUCGGUUUAAAUGUGUCAAAAGCCAAACACUUGCUUGCCAAGCCAAUUUACCGUCUUAUGUAGGUGGUGUUUUUUUAAUGUAAUCUAUUGAAUAAGGAAUUUUAUUUA